AUGGAUUUGGGUGAUAACUUAGCAGUGGUCUUUCACGGCGUGAACGAUUUGCGAGUGGAGCAACGGCCGAUUCCAAUACCGAAGGAUGACCAAGUUUUGCUUAAAGUGGACACCGUCGGUAUUUGCGGUUCAGAUUUGCACUUGCUCCGCAAUGGUCUUCUGGGAUUCUACGUUGCCAAGCCACCGAUGGUCAUAGGUCACGAAGGUACCGGCACAGUUGUACAAGUAGGGGAAGGUGUCAGUCAUCUUAAGCAAGGUGAUCGAGUCGUCAUCGACACCUUGCCAAGGUGCCAGAAGUGCACUUGUUGCCAAAUAGGUCGCUACAAUAUAUGCAGCCAUCCUACCCGUGGCAGAGACACCCAAACCGGCGGUUGCAUGGCUCGCUACUACGCCCACGACGCCGACCUUUGCUACAAGUUACCCGAGGAAGUGUCGCAGGAAGAGGGCGCCAUGCUCGAACCUUUGGCAAUAGCGCUACACGCCUGCAGAAGGGGGAACGUCCGACAGGGCUCGGUAGUUCUGAUCAUUGGCGCCGGACCCGUUGGACUGCUCACGCUGGCAAUGUCCAAGGCUUACGGUGCUACGAAGGUCAUCGUAACAGAUGUCAGCAAGUGGAGACUGGACAAGGCAAGAGAGCUUGGAGCAGAUCUCACUCUCGAAGCUCAACCGAACGACUCAGAGGACUUGGCCGUGCAAAAAAUUACGUCUCUGCUGGGUUGCCGUCCCAACAUCAGUUUCGAUUGCGCCGGCUUUCAGUCAACGACACGCAUCGCUGUACAAGCAACGGCGAGUGGGGGUACCGCAGUCAUCGUCGGAAUAUCGGGAAAGGACGACAUGAGCCUUCCCGUACGCGAUAUUCUCACCAGGGAGAUCGACGUUCGCGGAUGUUACGCAUGCGUGAAUGAUUUUACAACUGCAAUAGAACUGGUCGCGACUAGAAAGGUUGAUAUUAAGCGUUUAGCUACCCACCAUUACCAAAUGAGCGACGCUUUGAGAGCGUUUGAUGAAUUAAGAAGUGGGAAAGGAAAUCCAAUUAAGGUACUGGUGCAUAUUAACUAGUAUCGACUACGGCUUGUGAUGUGGUUUUCAAUAAAAGAUUUCGCGUU